CGUCACUUUAUACGAAUUUAAUUAAAAGAAUUCUAUUUUUCUAAGCCGUUAGCCGUUAGAUUAAAAAACUUGAAAAGGCGCUAAGGUAUAAGAUUUAAGAUGAAAGGCGCAAUCAAAAAAAUUAAAACUGACUGGUGCAAAGUUGGCUGUGGUCAAAUUGACUUAUAACACACAGCUCACAAUAGUUGAAUCCUGUGCAUUGUGUAAUCCUACAUUAAAAGUAUUUUGGAAUAAUUGAACAAUUUAAUUCUAAACUAUAAGGUGUCGGCUGUCGGCUACAAAAUUCAUUAUCCAAAAAUAUAUAUUUGACUUGUAUAACUAACUGCUACGCCAUCAAAUAAUAAAAUAAAUUUAAUCAUACAUAUAUGGAAGUUUUUUAUGUUGUGAUCGAUCUUGAUAUUGUGACCAUGGUCCUAGUGCAAACCUCAUUGUAAUUCUAAUUAUAAGCUCAAAAAACGAGCAAUAAGUGUUAACUUGUUGGAAUUAAAAAUAAUGAUAAGUGUAUAUCUUCAAUUAAAUUUAACAAUCCAGUGAUCAAACUCAAGAGUGAGUUACAAGCAAUAUGUCGAAAGAUUACUUGAAUAACGAUAUCCCGAAGGAACUUGAUGCAUGGAACCCAAUGCGCGAUGAUUAUACUAAUUCUAAAUUUAAUAAGUAUAAUAGUGGUCCUGGAGCUUAUUUAGAUGCUGCUUUACAACCCGCCCAACAAGCUGAAGAUGGAAAAAAGCAAAUGUCUCUGAUUUCCAAGAAUGUCACUAAUAGUUCAACUUCGAACUUUAUACCUUAUUUGGUAUUAAAGUAUUUGCCUACUGGAAUUACUAAGAAGGCCAUUUAUAAUAUUUGUACACGACAUGGCCGAGUCAACGAUGUUCGCGAUAGUAAAAAGAAUGAUUACAUCUUCAUUGAUUUUCCAACUGUGGCCGAAAUGGAGUCCGUUUAUCGUGCUUUAGUGGAGAAUCAAUACGGUUUUCAUGUACUGGUAGGCAAGCAAAAAAAUAAGCAGCAAACUGAGCCUUUACUUUCAGAUAUGGAAGAAACUCUGCCGCCAAUAGGAACAGACAAGAACGUCAUUGAUUUUGAACGCAGAAACUACCGCUCGUCUGAAAAAAAUUUACCUCGACCACACUUUGAACACACUCCAAUUGUGAAUCAAAAGGCUUAUGAAACAAAAGAUUCGCUGCUGCUACGUAAUGAUCCACAACGUCAUUUUCUUAUUACGGAAGAUGCACACGAGCUUGAACGAGCAUGCCUAAAAGAUUACAGCGAAUUGAACAAUAUUGAGAAUUCCAAGUACAAAUAUCGUACAGGCAGAGCAUUCAUUGAGAUGACUGAGAAGUCUAAAACAUAUAUUGAAGAAAAGUCACGCCAAUCUUUGGGCGGCUAUGACUCGUCACGACAAUUAUACGAAAAUAAUCAUAAUAAUAGAGCAAUCGGGAGACCUAUAGAUAUUGGGCAAUGUGCAAAUUGUAACCGAACAUGUGAUAUAGUUUGUGCACGCUGUCAAACAUAUUUUUGCGGUUUAGAAUGCCAACGUAAGGCCUGGCCAAAACAUCGCCAAAUUUGCGGUAAAGAGAAUUUUAAAGGCUUAAAUGAAAAAACGGAAUCUAGAUGUUUUAAAGAAGAAAAAGUAAACAUUGAAUCAGAAAAUAAGCAACAGGAAAUUCCUUCAAACACGGCUAGAAGAAUUCCUCGAAGUGGUAACUUAGUUGCUCUUACUGCCGUUAGCAAAACGAAUAUAGUAUUCAUAAGAUCGAAGGCUGACGAAGAUAAUUUAAGUUUCUUUAAACUUAUUAAUGAUGUUCAAAGUGCGGCUAAGCAGCUAAAAAAAUUGUCGAAAACACCAAUUUGUGGCCAGAUUGUCAUUACGAAUUUCGCGGGACAGUAUAAUCGUGCUAUGAUACUUAAUAGUGACAAUGAGCAACACAUAAAAUUAGUUUAUAUGGAUUAUGGUAAUUUAGAUGCACGAAAGUUGGAGGAUCUUUAUGAAGCACCCGAACAGUUCAUGCAUGUGCAACGCUUUGUAGAGCCGGUAAUAUUGAAGGAUGUACCGGAAAUGUAUAUGACCGAAGAAAUUCGAAAAUUUAUGUACUCAUAUUUGGAUGGUAUUGAUUUAGUACUUAAGUAUGAUGAAAAGAGUGAUUUGUUAUCUGACAAGGGUGUUUAUGAAAUUGAAUUAUUUGAUGGAACUACAAAUCAAAAUUUCAAUAAAAUGGUAGCCAAACUUUGCAAACCCACAGAACCAACUAAUCCAGAUGAAGCAUAUUACAUUAAUCAUUUAUCUCAAAAGCAAUUGCCAGAAGGGAACAACAUAGAAUUGGUCGUUAUGGAUAAUUCUCUGCUUUGUACCGGUUGUAUAUCAUGUAGUACGAAGAAAUGGGCCAUCGAAAUUGAAAAAUUUCAAAGUGAUAUCCAGCUUUACGGCGAGUCGCUAAAGGAUCAGUGCUAUACACCACGUAUUGAUGAACUUUGCAUUGCUAAAUAUAAAGUUGAUGGUAAAUGGUAUCGUGGUCGUUGUCUGGAAAUCGUGGGUGAUGGUUUCCCGAGCAUCAUAUUCUUCGAUUACGGAAACAUUGGAAUGGUUAAUGUCAAGAAUAUUAGGCGUUAUCCAGCUCAGUUUACUUUUCCAAUUUACACUUGCGAUUGUGAAAUUAAAGGUUUGCCGGAACAGUGUGAUGCGGAUUUUGUUCAGAAACUAGAAGAACUUAUACCUAAUGGCAGUACAAUUCUUUGUGAAAGUGUGACGGUCUACAAGGAUGACAAUUUUCAUGCAAUAACUUUACCUAAACUUAUCCAAAAUCUUAAGGCCGAAGGAUUAUUGAAAGAAGAAGUAUGAAAAACUUAAUCCAUUUUAAAAAUAUAUUUUUAACAUUUCACUGAAAAACAACAACGAAAUAAUAUAAAAAUACAUAUAACACAACUAUAACAAAUUAGGCAACACAUAUGGAAAGUAAAGGACUAUGUGAAAAAAACCGGAAUGAAUAUAUUUAAUGAAUUAAGUAUUUAUAUGAAAAUUUUUAAAAUAGUGGCAUAACUAUAAUAAACAUAAGCUGAAGUUAUAUACAUAUAUAAAAUACAUUUUUAUAAAAAAAA